AUUGCGAUUGGUCAGCGGCAAUCACUCUGAUAUCAAACAAGGUGAAAUUGUACACGUCACUAUUGAAACAUAUGACUCAAGAAAUAUGCGAAAAAACGUGGGUGGUGAUUUCUUUUUUGCGGUGAUGUCAAAUGGCGGAAAUGUCAGUACGGCUGGCAGGGUUGCUGAUCACAUGAAUGGUACAUAUAGUGUACACUUUUAUGCUGGUUGGAAUGGGUCGGCAAGUAUUCACGUAAUUCUGGUUCACCCACGCGAAGCCGUACAUUGGUUGAAGACAUCGUUUCUUCCACGAGAACGACGUAUAGAAUGGACUGGUAUAUUCUCAAACGUGACAACGAAUGAAACGUCUGUGUGCUAUGUCUCAGGUUCAACCGGAAGUGCGGAAGACGUGUGCGAGUUUGGAAAUCGUAAUUCACUGGGGAACACUGUGUUUGUAUGCGAGAAAGCUGAUAGUCUACCGUGUGAGACGCUUACGUACACUCGAGUCAAGAAGUCUUCUCUGAGUGACGCUGCCGAAAAAAUUGUAUCCGAGUAUGAAGUAGACUAUUUGUUCAAAGGACCACAUAUAAUGACUAAGCUGGCAGGAAGUCCACUCAAGCUUGAAAUUCAAGGGAGGCAUGACAGUAACUUUGACAACCUCCAACCAUGUAUUGCAGAGCUUCCCAUACCUAUCAGCGAUGGAUUCUGGAUCGAUGGAGAAACAUGGCAGUCACUUGUGUGCAGAGCUAGACAUUUUACUUUGCAACAAGCAUUGGAGUGUCUGCGAGGAAAGUCGGUUUACCUUUUAGGUGACUCGACAGUGCGCAUGUGGCAGAAUUUCUUUCGUGUUAACAUGACUAGGACAAUGUCAGCCGCUGGGGCGCAUCGACUAUUGACCAGCGACGAAUACAACGUAUCAAUUUUAUUUGAAUUUCCAGCUAUUCGGAUCGGUUCAGUUUGGUCGGAAUUCAAGAACGAUAAAUACGAAUCAGACGUGCUUGACAGCUUACAAUCGUGCAAUAUCAUCGUUACCUUGAGCCUGACGUAUCAUUUCGAGUCGUGGACGAAUCGAUCAUAUAUGGAAAGGCUACACCAUGUGCACAGUGCUGUUCAACGCCUUAUGUCACGGUGCCCAGGCGCUAUCGUUAUCAUCAAGAGUUCCCACCCGAGGGAGCACACGACGCGGUACAGUCACGUCCAUAGUAGCGACUGGACGCUAUUCCAAAUGAACACAAUAACGAGGAAAAUGUUUUCUGGUAUGGGUGUAAGUUUCCUGGACGUUUACGACAUGUCAUUGUCACAUUAUUCAGUUAACGAUGUCCACAUGCACAUCCCAGCUCGCCAACAAAUAGACUUAUUUCUUUCAUUUGUGUGUCCGUGA